GAUCAAAGCGAGAAGACACGAAGAAACAAACAAAAUAAUCAACACAUCAAAAUAUGUGAAAUUCUCAAAGAUUAUGAUAUUUAUUCAGCAAAGAAGGAGUUAAUGACUGCUGUUCUAAACUAGAAGUAGAAUGUGGUGUUUGUAAUCCUCCUUUGGGCACUUUGAUGGAACAGAUGUCAGUAUGACUUUGGAUCAUACAUGUACGGAAACAGGCACAGAUGGAAAUAAUAGUUUAGCUCCACUUGGAAGAUAUUCUGAAAUGGAAAACGGUGUUUCAACAUCCAGUGGAUUGAAAAAUCGUUCUUCCUCAUCUGGAGACUUUGCCCGUCAAGAUACAUAUCAUAUCUUAGAUGUCGAGAUCGAUAGAGGUUGUGGGAAUGGUGUGCUGUGUAGUGCAGAAUCUAAGAAGAUUGAAUUAUACAAGUAUAAUGACAUUCCAGGAUUUCUGAAGGGUAACCCCUACGUGACUCAGGGGUAUCGUGCUUUCUUGCCCUUCAGUGCUUGUGUCAAAAGCUUAUUCGUAUGGAAUAAUGAGACAAUCAACGUCUGGUCUCAUCUUCUCGGCUUUGUGCUCUUCUUCUUCAUAAUGAUAUAUGAUAAUAUCAUCUUCAUUCCUGGCAUACAUGGAACACUGGCCGAUCAUGUCAUUAUCACUAUUGGGCUCAUGUGUUAUCAGUUCUGUAUGUUAUGUUCCGCUGGCUACCAUAUAUUUCUGUGCCAUUCCGAGAGGGCCAGUCGGAGAUGGUUGGCGAUGGACUUGGCUGGUAUAUGUAUUGGACUGAUAGGAUGUUAUCUACCUGCUGUGCACUAUGCAUUUUAUUGUCUCUCAAUCUGGCGCGAUAUUUAUCUCCUGACUGUCUUCCUCUUGUGUUUUGCGGUACUCACCAUACAGCUUAACCCGCGGUACUUUGCUUCCCAGUGGUGGACCCAAAGGGUGUUGCUCUUCUGUGCCCUGGUGGCAUAUGGUAUCAUUCCUACGGCUCACUGGGUCUACCUCAAUGGAGGAUGGUCUCACAAAUUAGUUCAGAUGUUUGCUCCAAAAGUUGCGAGGAUGUAUUCUAUGGGAGUUCUAGCUUUUGUUUUCUACCUCACCAAAUUUCCAGAAAGAUGUUUUCCUGGUAUAUUUGACUUCAUUGGAUCUAGUCAUCAGUGGUGGCAUUUAAUCGUUGUGGUGGCAUUCUGGUACUGGCACCAAGCUGGAGGGGAGAUACUGAGUUACCGCACAUCAACACCUUGUCAUGUAUGAAGGAUUUUAGUGUAUACGAGUUACCCUCAUGGCUGAGACAAACAUUUAACAAAGGUUUAUGUCCAUCAAAGUACUUAUCAUCAAAAUUGAUGCUUCUUUUCAAUAAUAACUUGUAUAAAGGUUAUGCAAUCUGUAUCAAAGCAUUGUAAUCUUUUUGGUUCCUUUUAAAGUUCAGAAAUGUUUUUAUUCGAUGUAGAAUGUUCACUCAUAUGAUAAAGUACUUACUGUAUAUAAUCUCUUCAAAGACACCACUUUGAAAUACAAUGUAUUGCAAGUUAAGUUCUCUUUGAAAGUUUUGAAAAUGACUUGUUGCAAUUUUUUUAUCAGCCAGUGUAAGUUUGGCUGAGUUAGGAAGGAUUCAGUACUAUUUGUGUUUUGGAGUUCUUAGUAUUGUAGUUGUGUUUACAUUCCAUGUGAUAUUUUGAAGGUAUUUCACUUGUUUGGUAAUGACAAUGUAUGCAAUCAUGAUAUGCAAUAAGAAAUUUGUUAUGCAUGUACUUACAUGUAUUAUAGUUGUAAUGAAAGAACUUUUAAAAGUAUGAUAGAAUGUACUUACAUAGAAAUGAUGUUAAGUAUUUAUUGAUAGCAAUUAUCAAAUGUACUUAGAUGAGAAUCAGCUUAAUAUUCUGAUUGGAUAGAUUAUCAGGAUAUUGCAUGUGGGUCAUGUUGAAAAAGCAUUCAAGAGGGGACUAGGUCUUUAGAUUGGGACUGAAAUUCCUUCUUGGGGCCAUGAUUGUGGCAUACAAUAAUGUCUCUAGAAUUUUACAGUAUUUUAAACUAUUUUGUCUCUAAGUCAUGGACAACCUGCCAAAACAGAAAUUGUAGGUGCUUGUGCCAAAGGUGGUCAAGUGCAAAUUUUCCGUGAAAUUUGAGUAACUUGGUGACUGUCUUACACAGUUACCCAUAUGGAAAACUAGCCUAUCAUUGAAGUCUUCAUAUCAUUUUAGUCAUCAGUUUUGAUCAUUGUGUUUUACUGUCUUCUAUUCUAGUCUGUUUUGAUUGUGUCUUUUGAAUCUGUCUCCUCUCUGUGUGUUUAUAGACUUAACUUUGAUGUCUUCCUGGUGUAUUACUGCCUUGAAUACAUAAGAUAAAAUAUAUGAUUUUUGCAGUUUGGGAAUUGAUUCUCCAGGCUGAAAAUAAAAUGGGCCUUAGCAUGAAAACCAAUGAUAUUGUUUCUCCUAAUAAAC